CGUUAUCGGAGAAAGCCGCAGAGUAGAGCAGCGCAGUCAGUGGUCGGCGGUCGCACGCGCAUACACGCACGCAGCGCGGGAAUUUUGUGUUCGAAUUUUAAGUUGUGUUCUGUAGAUUCUGUGGAUUUUAUAUUAAAAAGGACCUCAAAAUGUUAGAGGGAACGAAAAUCAACUCUCCGUCACAAAUGGCGAGCGUUUUCGACAUCGCCAAGGACACAGUGCUGUUCCUCGUAUUAUCCUGUUACUACAUCUUGGAAUCCAUGUUUUGGACCCUAGUUCCCAAUGCCAUAAGACCUAUGAAGAGCCUCAGAGGGGACGUGGUCUUGGUAACGGGAGGUGGCGGCGGUGUUGGUCGCCAAUUAGCCAUGAAGUUGGCCAGGCUUGGCGCCAAGGUUGUCGUUUGGGACAUAAGCAAAGAAGGUUUGCAAAAGACGUGCGCUGCGGUUCUCGACGAAGGCUACGAAAUCGCGAGCUACGUUGUAGACCUAGCUGAUCGUAGCGCUGUCUACGCCGCCGCGGAAAAAGUUAAGAAAGAGGUUGGCAAAGUAGAUGUAUUGAUCAACAACGCAGGCACAGUGUUCGGAGAGACACUGCUGGAUUUAUCUGACUCAGCCAUAGAAACUACAUACAAAGUUAACAUACUAUCACAUUAUUGGACAGUGAAAGCCUUCCUACCCGACAUGAUCAGCUCAGGCAAGGGGCACAUAGUGACGGUGGGCUCGGUAGCCGGCCUGCUGGGCACCUACCGCUGCACAGACUACAGCGCCACCAAGUUCGCGACCGUCGGCUUUCAUGAGAGCCUGUACACUGAGUUGAGGGCUCACGGCCACAACACGAUCCAUGCGACACUAGUGUGCCCGUACUACAUAAACACAGGCAUGUUCGACGGCGUCACCCCGAGGCUCAUGCCUAUGUUGGAGCCCGACUACGUGGCAGAAACAAUGAUAGACUCCAUCAGGAAGAAUGAGGUGAACUGUGUCAUGCCAGGAUCUGUGCGAUACCUUCUGCCUCUUAAGUGCCUGCUCCCCGCGAAAAUGUGCUGGGACCUGAUGCACCGAGUCAUGAAGGGGCCACAGUCUAUGAUGGAAUUCAAGGGAAAGCCUAAAGCGGUAUCCAGCUAGAACUGUACUUGUAGUUGCUCAAUUUACUCUGUAAAUAACGUUUACUAUAAUGGUUUACUUUUGUCGCUCCCCUGUCGAUAGAGAGGACUGUUAGUUGAGAUUAAUUUAUAAGACUGGAUUUGCGUUCAGUAGAAUUUAAGAUAAGUUUUUUAGUAAUAAAGAAAGUUUUAAACA